CCAGUAGACGCGUGCGUUUUUCCGCAGAUAUCAAGAUGACGUUGGAUGCACAGCUGACGACUGGCCGGACACCCAAGAUCCGCCAUCAUCACGCAUAUAUACGAGGCUCGUUAGUAGAUUGUUGGCACUUCUGCGCUACGCUAUGGUGCCUAGCCUCAUCCUCCUGACUAUCCUAGUUCGGACAGCCUUGUCAUGUUUACCAUUCGGUGGUGGUGGUGCGAUGUGCUGUAAACCACAGAUGGUCUGUACACCGGCUAUACCAAUGUGUCCCGCUCCUGCUGCUGCACCUCCUAUCAAAGUCGUUUGUUGCCCUCCACCGAUGUCCUGUGGAGGAGGUGUGCCACCAUGUCCGUCCGGUGGGGGAGGUUACAUGCCACCACCCAUAUUACCGCCUAUGCCAGCACCGCCCAUGCCUGCUUAUCCUACCAGCUAUGGUGCACCAGCCUACCAACCAUCACCUUACCAAGCUCCAGUUGGUUUCAAAGGUGCAGCACCAUCAGUAGGACCACCUGGCGGAUAUGCGCCACCUUCCGAUUAUAAACCACAUGCUGAAGCUGCUGUCACUGUAAAAACACAUCCAGAUCUACAAGAUCUUCAACAAGCACAACAGAUUACAGACAUGGAACAAGAGAUGAAACCAGAUCCAGUGGCAGUGGAAAGCUUACGCUAG